AUGGCAGAAGAAACUCAGACAAAAGCAGAAGAAGCAGUGGUGGUUGAGACUGAGAAAGAGACAGCACCACCUGCACCGCUGGCGGAGGUGCCAGAGAUGGAGGAGCCUAUCAAAUCAACCGUUGUAGAAGAAGCUGUUGAUGCUGCUACUAUUACAACUGAGGAGUCUGAGAAGUCAGAGGCCACUGAGGUAGAGUCCAUAGGUCAAGCGGUUACUUUCCAGGAGGAGAGCAAUGUCGUCGCUGAUCUUCCUGACCCAGAAAAGAAGGCUCUUGAAGAGCUGAUGAAGCUCAUCCAGGAAAUGAUACAAAUAGUGCACACGUGGAGGAGAAUCAAAGUCAUAUUCAAGUUCAUAGCUCCUCCACCGCCAGUGGUGAAGGAGGAACGGAAGUUCACAGAGGAGGAGAAGAAGGCCGAGACUAAAGAAGCCCCUGCCCCUGCUGAGGAAAAGUCGGAUACUACUGAAGAUGCUACUGCCGAGGCUCCGACACCAACAGUGAUGGAAGAGCCCCCGAAGCUGAAGGCUAGUGAUGUUGCAGAAUCGACACUGACGGAGAAAGUGAAGAAGGAGAAGAAAGAAGAGGUGACGCCACCAGAACCAGAAUCGACACCGGGGGCGAUGCUAUCAUUGAAGGUGGAGUUCGUCUCUCCCAAUCACAGAGAAGCUGUGAAGGCCUUUGGAAAUGUCGGGUCUUGUUGUAUUAUUAUUUCAAAAAAGGCACUUUUUGAAUCAAUAUAUUAUUUCAAAAAGCACUUUUAG